AUGUAUGAAUCCUACCGUCCCCAUCCCCUGCUGGCCCAGGUCCCUUUGACCGUCUCACCCUUCAUCAACCUCCCCACCUCUGUGACAUUACCCUACACCUACAAAUCCGUCUCGUCAACCCUCCCCCCAUCAGUGACCGUCGACCCCAGCAACCCAGACUCCAAAGCCCGCUAUGUCAUCUCAAGCAGCGGCGAACACGCAGCACACCCGGACGAGAUCAUGGCCGCCUGCCAAUCUCUCGAACAGCACCUGAAGAAGAACCGCAGUGAUGCCAAAGAGGCCAUCAAGGCAUGGAAGGAAUCCAUCCAGGAACGAGAGCUGGCAGAGAAGCGGCGUGUUGCGCCCGGGUGGCUAGAUCGCGAAGAGAAGUUGUUGCAGCCUAGCAGGACAACGGCGUCCCCCGGCUCACAGGGUAGCCCGGGACCGAGUUUGCUGGACAGCACUUCUGCGGAUCAGGGCGCAUCCAGUCUGCCGACUAUGGUCCCGAGGGAUGGGGGAGAGGAGCUGGAUCGGGCAUUCGGAGGGCUGGGUGUGAAAUGA